UAUCCAAAAAAAAUUGCUUCCAAAAAAAAUUGUGAAAGUUGUAAAGUUACAAUAAUUAGAAAAAAGAUGAGCAGCCUUGAAUUGCUGAGGUUAAUAUGUAUGUUGAUAUUUCUUGGAUGGAUGGUGGUCUGGAUUGUGUUGCCUAUGGAAAUAUUUAAGUAUAAUUGGCUUCCCAAGUUAGCAGAAAUGUUCAAUCCAACAUACAUUGGAGGACAAGGAGUAAAUCUUUUCUUCCUCACAUUUCCUGUGAUGUUGAUCACAGUUCUGGGCUGCAUUUACCUUCAUUUGAAGAACAAAACAGAAUCUUCCUUGAAAAGUACAAGCAGUUCACCUCAGAAGCAUUAUCUAGCAAUGAUGAGACGUCCUCUUCUAGUAAUUGGACCUCUAGGGGUGGUUACAGCAAUGGAGCUCGUGUUCUUGAUCAUGGGGAUUGCGCUUGUUUGUUGGCAUUUUGGUCAUUACUAUUAUGUCAGUGUUAAGCAUCCAUUCAUGGGGCAUGGCCGCGAGCAUCAAAAAAAGUGGCAAGUUGAUUUCCGGACUGUGUCACUGAGACUUGGUUAUGCAUCAAACAUAUCCUGGGCUUUUGUAUUCUUCCCUGUAACAAGAUUAUCAUCAAUUUUGCCUUUGUUUGGUCUUACAUCUGAGUCAAGCAUCAAGUAUCAUAUAUGGAUUGGCCAAGUUGUCAUGAUAACUUCUGCAUUACACAGUGCUGGAUUCAUCAUCUAUUGGGCUAUAGUUAAGCAACUCUAUGAGAUGCUUGAUUGGAGUAAAACUCAUGUAUCAAAUGUAGCAGGAGAAAUAUCAUGGGUUUUCUUGAUAGCAAUGUGGAUAACAAGCUUUGCAUACACUAGAAGAAAGUCAUUCGAAGUCUUCUUCUACACCCACCAACUAUACGCUCUAGCCACCUUCUUCUACGUGGUGCACAUAGGAGUUGCCUGGACGAUGCAGCUUCUUCCUGGAAUUUUCCUCUUCACGCUUGAUCGAUACUUAAGAUUCUUACAGUCGCGCUCUCGUGCAAGACUCAUCUCAGUUCGUGUUCUUCCUGGUGGGACUGUGGAGAUGACUUUCUCCAAGAGCCGAGAUGUACGUUACAAUGUUGCUAGCAACUUAUUUGUGAGCGUGCCUAAAAUCUCAACGUUACAGUGGCACCCUUUUACUGUGAGCUCAAAUGAUAACAUGGAUCCUGAUAAGCUAAGUAUUGUCUUUAAGACCGGAGGGAGCUGGACAACCAAGUUAUACAAAGAACUUUCAUCUUCUUCUCUAGACAGGCUUGAAGUCUCUGUUGAAGGACCAUAUGGACCAGCUUCUACAAGCUUCAUCAAGCAUGAAACUAUGGUGUUGAUCAGUGGAGGCAGUGGAAUAACCCCAUAUAUAUCGAUAAUUCGAGAGAUUAUACAUGAAUCAAAUACCCAAAAAGGCCAAGUCCCAAAGGUUCUCCUUAUCUGUGCCUUCAAGCACGCAGCUGAUCUGACAAUGCUAGAUCUUUUGCUUCCUGCUGAGAGCACUGUUGCUGAUCUUUCAAACAUUCAACUAGAAAUUCAAGCAUACGUGACUCGAGAAGAUCAUGCACCUGAACACAAUAUACAAGAUUUGCAAGUUCAGACCAAGUGGUUCAAGCCAAGCUCAUUGGACUCACCCAUCACCCCAGUUCUGGGACCGAACAGCUGGCUCUGCCUUUGCUUCAUUAUCGCGUCUUCCUUUGUCCUUUUUCUUGUCCUACUUGUUUUAGUAACUCAAUAUCAUAUCUACCCCAUUGAUCAAAACACCAACAAGAAGUAUAACUUCACAAUUUGGGUUUGUUGGGAUAUGUUUCUUAUGUGCGUUAGCAUUAUCUUCAUUAGCAGUAUCGUGUUUGUGUAUCAAAAGAAGAGAAUAAGUGUUUCAGAAGAGAAACAGGUCAAGAAUGUGGAAGUGCCAACACCAGUCAGCUCUCCAGGAUCUUGGUUAUAUGGUGGAGGUGGGGAGCUUGAAAGUCUUCCUUAUCAGUCUCUUGUUCAAGCUACUCAAGUGCAUUAUGGAGGGAGACCUGAUCUUCGAAAAAUAUUGGUAGAGUGCAAAGGAGAAGAUGUGGGAGUGAUGGCUUCAGGACCAAGGGGAUUGAGACAUGAUGUUGCAAGGAUAUGUUCAGGGUGUAAAGCAACCAACCUGCAUUUCGAGUAUCUUAGCUUCAAUUGGUGAUUCAGAUUGUGGAGCAUUUCUUUCAACGUAUACAUAUUUUUUUUUUGGAAUUAUCAACAUAUACAUAUAGUGUGCUUUUUAUCCAUCUCGUUCUUUCUUUUAUAUUGUGAUUAGUGAUGUCUAUUGUUUUGGUCUUCUCUGUAAAAUCUCUUAUACUCCUAUUGAAUUAUGAUGAUGGCAUUCAGCCAAUACUUCAUUACUUAA